AUGGCGGCAGGCUGUGAGCUCCGCAGGGAAACGUGUUCAGCAUUUGCACGGAAGAGUAUUUCUGUUCAGCACAACAAGAUCUACCCCAAUAAAUCGGUGGUGAAUUACGCUCCCUUCACGCUGCUCCCAUCCGCAGUACCAAGUGUCCUGUUUGAACAAGCGUAUGCUGUUCAGCAAGAUUUUAACCUGCUGGUGGAUGCUAUUAGUCAAAACAAAGAAUUCCUGGAGGAUACUCUGGCCAGCACCGUCAAGGUAGAUGACUUCACAGCUCAACUCUUCAGAAUCCACGUGCAAGUUUUGGAGGAAGGCUUGGCUCAGUCUGUGUUUUUAGGCAUAAACCGCUCUGAUUACAUGUUUGACUGUGGGGUGGAUGGGACACCGGCUCUGAAGCAGAUAGAAAUAAACACCAUUGCUGCCAGCUUUGGAGGCCUCACCUCCCGCACUGCGGCGGUCCACGGGCAGGUGUUGAAAAUGCUGGGAAAGUCUAAGGAGGCAUCGCGCCUGCUGCCCAACAACCCAUCGAAAGGGCUUGCCUUGGGUAUUGCGAAAGCCUGGGAGCUCUACGGUUCUCAAAGUGCUGUGGUGAUGUUUCUGGUGGAGGAAGUCCAGAGGAACAUUUUUGAUCAGCGAUGUGUAGAAAAUGAGCUUUGGAACAGGAAUAUUCGGGUCAUCAGGAAGCGAUUCAGAGAUGUGUUUGAAAAGGGGUCUCUGGAUGAUGCCAAGAGGCUGUAUAUGGACGGCCAGGAGGUAGCAGUGGUGUACUACAGAGAGGGCUACGUGCCAAAGAACUACGACCAGCAGAACUGGGAGGCACGGUUGUUGCUGGAGAGAUCGAGGGCAGUGAAGUGCCCUGACAUUGCUACCCAACUCGCAGGCACCAAGAAAGUCCAGCAGGAACUGAGCCGGCCAGGGACGCUGGAGAGAUUACUGCCCGGCCGCGCCGAGGCUGUCACUCGAAUAAGAGCAACGUUUGCUGGACUCUAUUCCCUGGAUGUGGGCGAAGAGGGCGACAAGAUAGCUGCUAUGGCUAUUGCUGACCCUGACCAGUUUGUGCUGAAGCCGCAGCGAGAAGGUGGAGGGAACAACCUCUAUGGUGAAGAGCUCAGGCAGGUUCUGGAGAAGAUCAGAGACAGCCCUGAGAGGACCUCCUACAUCUUGAUGGAUAAGAUCAAACCACAGCCAACAAUUAAUUACUUACUGAGGGCUCACAGUCCCCUACAAGUGUCCGAGUGCAUCUCGGAGCUCGGUAUUUUUGGUGUCUAUGUCAGACAGGGCAAGGAGAUGGUGAUGAACAAGGCUGCCGGCCACCUCCUGCGGACGAAGGCGAUUGAGCACGCAGACGGCGGGGUAGCGGCUGGGGUGGCAGGGCUGGACACUCCUUACUUGGUGUGAGGAGGCGAUGCCCCAUCCUGCCCACCUCCCUCUGCUGCCCGAAGAGCUGAUCUGCCACAGCGAUGUUCUCCUUAGGGUGCGCUUACCAAGGUCUGACGUGUUCGGGACAGCGAGGAGGGACUGCGUGGACACAACUGCUCGAACGUCCUGCGUCCCAGCCCCAGCUUCUUCUCUGCCAUUCCUUCUGCAGGAAGAAGGGAUUCCCUUGCUCUGCCUGCUCAGGGGGCCCUGCCCAUCCCAGCUGUGACCUCCCAGGACUGCAUUGCUCUGGGUGUUCCCUUGGGGUCUAGCCUGCUGGCAGGGGUACGUACAGCAGAACAGCCACUCGCACUGUUCCCAGUUUCGUGCUCCUUGAUGCUGCAUUAUUUCUGGAAACACAAAGCCUAGGGAAUGGGAGGAGAAAGGUGGAUGCGCAAGUAACAGCCUUCAUCUGUGGGAACUGUGGCCCAGUGCCUCAGUGCUUUCCGGGUUAAAGAGGGGAGCCCAGCUCCAUGUGCCCAUGGCCCCUCCAGCCCUCCUUCAGCUGCUGCUGCUGUCCUGAUUUCUACUUUUCCCGGUGCCUGAGGAUCCUCAGGGUUCCUGCACAAGGGACAGCUGCCCUGGUGUAAUUUGCCCAAGGGCCUCUUGCUUGCUUUUGCUUUGCCUAACUCCUGCUUUGUUGGACUGGGUACUCCUCCCAAGCAGCGCUUCACUCUGGGACCAGCAUCAGCGGACGAUGAGACAUGUCUCCCUCCAGGUUUCAUGAAUCAGUGGGAACAGCGCAGCAGUGGAGGGUCGUGCAGGCUCUCCAUCCCAUGGGCUUUUGCCUCUUCCUCCACUCCUUUUCCUCCUCAGCAGAGCAGUUCAAGGGGAAACAGAAGGUGUGCCUUUCUGGCAGUGCCCUGGUAAAGCACCCAGGUAGCCUCAGCUCUACCCUUUUAGUGACAGCAGAGAGAAGCAGUGUAAAGCCAGUAUUUCUGAAGAAUGACUGGGCCGAGUGACAGACCUGCACCCUGCUGGGCACAUUGCUGCAGUGUGGCAACGCUGUGUGCUUCAGUUAGCAAUCUUUCACCUU